GUGUCACUGCCGCGCGAACGCGCGCGUCGCGAUCAGCUGGGACCAAUCGGAUCAGGUGACAGUUGCCAGGAAAACGCUCGACAGGACCGUCUCAAAGGGAUGACUUCCAAUGAUUUCGACCAAACUUAACUUGGUCGUCGACUAAUUUAAUCCCGGCAAAAUUGCUUAAAACAAACUAUAUAAAUCGUUGUCCCUAAUCUAAUAUUUUUUUCUGAGGAUUGAAUAAAAAAAUUAACGAUUUUAUUGUUAACGAUAUGAUGCAUGGAAAUAUUUGAAUUAAUUAUAAUAAUUAAGUUGCUCGAAGUUUAGUUAAAGUUAUUUUAGUUCAACCGCAGAUUCAUAUGCAGAUUCAUAUGCAGAUCAACAUGCAGAUUCAUAUGCAGUAAAAUAUUAACUGUAAUUACAAUUUAUUGUUUUUAAUUCUAGUUUUCCUUUCUGUCUGUCAAACAAUAAAAGAUCGAUGAUUCUGUCCAUGUCAACGAAACAACAGAUACAAGAGAUAUUACACGUUAAAUUAAUCGUCGAUUAAAUUAAUUAAUUAUAUAGUUUGAAGUCAAAGCCUCAGGCAUAUUGCCUCGUUUUUUAAAUCACUUUGCAUAUUAAUUAAUCACAAAAUAAACAAACUUAAAUUUUUUCUUUCAUGAAAAGGUAGGAAAAUUAAAUUAGACACGACGAAUAUAGCACAGUUGAAAAUUUUACUCUGACUAAUUCUGUGAGACAAAUUAAUUGCCAACCAAAUAACUUUGUGUAUUUAAUGCAGAUCGGGAAUUAAUUUCAAAUUAUUCGGGGAUAGCUGUUUAAAAGACUGCGGUCCACACUUGACACUGCAAACACUGUACUUGACACUGCAAUUCUUUUUUAUUUUUAACGCAUUUUACGUUUAGUCAUCAAUGCAAAUUUCUCCAUUAGUCAUCAAUGUAAAUUUCUUUAUUAACUUUCCUUGUAUUAGAUAUAGUGACAUUAUCACAACAUUAAAUUAUACAAACGUCGAACGAUAUCAAAAUUAAAUUAAUUUACUAAAAUUGAAAGUAUAAAUUUAAUUUAAUUUAAUCCUAUCCCGUUUUCUGUUGCACCAACACAAGUUUCCCUUAUUUAUCAUUUCAAGUGUAUGUACAAUGAUCUGUUCUUGUUCCGAUUAGAUUAUCUCGAUAUUACUUUCUAGAUCCGGAACAUUAAUUUCGGAAAAAAUAAUCUCCGCGUGGAAAUCAGGCAUAAAUAUCAUUCCACCGGAUGUGCCGCAGUCUGAUCUACGUUCUACUGUAAUCCCCCGCUCCUCGACGCGCUCGGCGAGCCGCAUCGAAUACACCUGGCAGACGAUACCGAAAGUUCCUUUGGAAAAAUGCAUUCCUGCCAGCGUCCCUCGCACGGUUGACUCGAACGAUGUCCGACUCGAACUCGCCCAAAACGGACACAAGUAGCUCCAGCCUCCUGCGGCAGUUCCGCUUUCAAAAAAAACAACCGAAGAUCAUGAACCUGUCUGAUGAGGACAGUAACUUGGUUGGUUCCGAUGUGCAAGUGCGCCGUAAACCCGUAAAUCGCAUUGAAGACAGUGACAGCGAUAUUGGUAGUCCAGCUAAGACAAGUUCGGACUGUAGCGCCAAAGGUAAAGAGAAUAAGUUAAAGUACCUGACAACUUUAUAUCCGCAGAAUGAUGUAAUACAUAUACAGGAAGUACUUACAAGUACUGAUUGGAAUGUCGAAGAGGCAGAGGAGACCCUUAAAAAUAAUAGGAAAAGGGGCUUAAAGAAGUCUGCAAAAACUAGCAAAAAGAAAAGAAGAAAAUUAAAUGUAGAUGAGGAUAUAGAUAUCGAUUCAGAUGAGCAAGACUAUAAUAAAGACAAAGUAUUUAACAGUGAUGAAGAUUCCGAUGUAGAAAUAUCUAAUGAGCUCACAGGUGAUAAAAAGGCAGUUUUAGAAUUUAUGCAGACAGCCUUACUUUCGGAGUUGCUUUUGUUGUCCCAAUGCUCUCAAAAGAAAGCCUUGGCCAUUAUAGAGGCAAGACCAUUUGAAGAUUGGAAAGACUUAGUGAAUAAAUUUCAAAAUAUAAAAUAUUUAGAUACAGAAUUACUCAAUGCAGCUCAGGUAUUACUAUCUACACGUCACGUGGUAGAACUUCUUAUGAAAAAAUGCCUUCGCUUAUCUACCAACAUGGAAAAGGCUGUGGCUGCUGGUGCAUCGACUAUAACACAGCAACCAAAAGGAUUAUCAUCAAAUAUGACAUUAGCUCCGUAUCAAAUGGUUGGCCUAAACUGGCUUGCUGUCAUGCACGCGCAAAAUGUAAAUGGCAUAUUAGCCGAUGAAAUGGGUUUAGGGAAAACGAUACAAGUGAUAGCAUUUCUAACAUAUCUGAAGGAAGCUGAUCUUCUUGAUGAGAAGGAUGGACCUCAUUUAAUUGUCGUUCCCAGUUCAACUAUGGAAAAUUGGCUAGACGAGCUAGAAAGAUGGUCACCUGGUUUGAAAGUUGUACAAUAUUAUGGCUCUCAAGAGGAUCGAAAAGAGAUGCGGAUGGGUUGGCGAAACGGUGAUCUUGAUGACGUCGACGUUUUGUUAACUACAUAUAAUUUAAUUUGUAGUACUCCAGAGGAGCGUAGACUAUUUCGGGUUAUGCCACUGAACUAUGUAAUCUUUGAUGAGGCUCAUAUGCUUAAGAAUAUGAGCAGUGUUAGAUACGAAAAUCUUGUCAGAAUUAAUGCUAAACAUCGAAUUCUGUUAACUGGCACGCCUUUGCAAAAUAAUUUAUUAGAAUUAAUAUCUUUAUUAAUAUUCGUAAUGCCUUCACUGUUUGCUGGAAAACAAGCAGAUUUAAAAAGCUUAUUCUCCAAAAAUCCUAAAACACCAGGUGAUAAAAAGAAUGGAGAACAGCCAUUGUUCGAAAGAGAGCAAGUUAAGAAUGCAAAGGAAAUUAUGCGGCCGUUUGUUCUUCGACGACUUAAAGUUGAAGUUUUGCGCGACUUGCCAUAUAAAAAGGAUGAAAUAAUACGAUGUACUUUAAUUGAAAAGCAGCGAAGUAUGUACGACAAAUUGGUCGCACAAUUUUCUGCCGAGGCCAGCGAAAUUACUGACGUAAAUGGUACUGGUAUGAUGAUGCAGUUAAGGAAGCUUGCUAAUCAUCCCCUUCUCGUACGUCAUUAUUACGAUGAGAAAAAGCUAAGGGCUAUAGCUAGUAGGUUGGCAAAGGAACCAGGUUACAAACAGAAGAAUCCAGAAUAUGUUUUUGAAGAACUGAUUUGGGCAUCUGAUUAUCAAAUAAAUCAAAUGACUCGUACAUACAAAAGUAUAGCUGGAUUUGGCUUGCCUCAAGAACUUAUUCCUGAAGCUGGUAAAUUAAAAGAACUGGACAAAUUACUACCACAAUUCAAAAUGGACGGUCACAGGGUGCUAAUUUUUAGCCAGUUUACUAUGGUACUAGACAUACUUGAAGAAUAUUUAACUAUUAGAGGACAAACAUUUCUAAGACUAGAUGGCAGUACACCUGUAACUGAGAGACAGACUCUUAUAAAUGAGUACACACAAGAUCCAAGUAUAUUCAUAUUUUUAUUAUCAACAAGAGCUGGAGGUUUGGGUAUUAAUUUAACUGCCGCCGAUACAGUUAUAAUACAUGACAUAGAUUUCAAUCCUUAUAAUGAUAAACAAGCGGAAGAUCGAUGCCACCGCGUGGGCCAAAAGAAACCCGUCACUAUAAUAAGAUUAUUAAGCGAAGGCACAAUAGAGGAAGGCAUGUACGAGAUAGCGCAAGAAAAAUUGCAUCUUGAACAACAAAUCACUGGAGAUGCAGAAAAUGAAAAUACGGAUAAGAAAUCCGUUAUAAAAUUAUUAAAGAUGACCAUAGGCCAAGAUGUUCAUAAUAAAUCUCUAUCAUCGAUGAAAAAUGGAACCAAUAAAGGAACCGACGCAAUAGAAAAUGAUGAAAAUUUGUAAAUAAGAAAUUUUAUUCCUCUAUUUGUAAUAGUCACGUAAUUUUGAUAUACUCUAAUUGUAAUCUAUACUGAUCAUGUCAAAUCAUCGUAAACACAUACGUGGGAUAUAAAACAUAUUUUGUAGAGGGUCGUUUUUUACUUUCAUUCAAAGAUUCGAUAGAAAUAUAUCACAAUUUGUAGAUUUUCUAUUUAUAAUGUAUACUGUGGAGUAUUUCCUUUUCUGUUAUUUUACAUGUCCAUUAAAUCAUUAUUUAUCUACACAA